AUGCCUACCGAACUUCAAAAAGAAAGAGAAACUAUCAAAUUCAACCCAAAGGAAUUAAACUAUUUCUUGGAAGGUUCUCAAGAAAGAUCCGAAAUUAUCAGUAAUAUGGUUGAACAAAUGGAAAAAGAUCCAAUUUUAAGAGUUGAUGCUUCUUACUAUGAUUUAACCAAAGAUCAACAAAGAGAAGUUACUGCUAAGAAAAUCAAUAGAAUUUCAAGAUAUUUUGAAAAUGAAUUCCCAGAUCAACAAGCUCAAAGAUUAUCCAUUCUUGGUGUUUUUGAUCCACAAGUUUUCACUAGAAUUGGUGUUAAUCUUGGUUUAUUUGUUUCCUGUGUCCGUGGUAAUGGUACCAACUCUCAAUUUUUCUAUUGGACUAUCAACAAAGGUAUCGAUAAAUUAAGAGGUAUUUACGGUUGUUUUGGUAUGACUGAAUUGGCUCAUGGUUCUAAUGUCCAAGGUAUCGAAACUACUGCCACUUUUGAUGAAGAUACAGAUGAAUUUGUUAUCAACACCCCACACAUUGGGGCUACAAAAUGGUGGAUUGGUGGUGCUGCUCAUUCAGCCACCCACUGUUCCGUGUAUGCUAGGUUAAAGGUUAAAGGAAAAGAUUACGGUGUUAAGACUUUUGUUGUUCCAUUGAGAGACUCUAACCAUGAUCUUGAACCAGGUAUUUCUGUUGGUGAUAUUGGUGCCAAGAUGGGUAGAGAUGGUAUUGAUAACGGUUGGAUUCAAUUCUCCAAUGUUAGAAUCCCAAGAUAUUUUAUGUUGCAAAAAUAUUGUAAAGUUUCCCGUGAAGGUGAAGUCACUAUGCCACCAUCUGAACAAUUGUCUUAUUCUGCAUUGAUUACUGGUAGAGUUACCAUGAUGAUGGAUUCAUACAGAAUGACUAGUAGAUUUAUUACCAUUGCUUUAAGAUAUGCAAUUCACAGAAGACAAUUCAAGCUGAAGGACUCUGCAACUGAGGAAACUAAAUUGAUUGAUUAUCCAUUGCAUCAAAAGAGAUUAUUCCCAUACUUGGCUGCUGCUUACUUGUUCUCUCAAGGUGCCUUAUACUUGGAACAAACCAUGAACAAAACUAAUGAUAAAUUAGAUGAAGCUGUUGCCGGUGGUGACAAAGCUGAAAUCGAUGCUGCCAUUGUUGAGUCCAAGAAAUUGUUUGUUGCUUCUGGUUGUUUGAAAUCCACUUGUACCUGGAUGACUGCCGAAGCCAUUGAUGAAGCUCGUCAAUCUUGUGGUGGUCACGGUUACUCAGCAUAUAAUGGUUUUGGUAAAGCCUACUCUGAUUGGGUUGUCCAAUGUACUUGGGAAGGUGACAACAAUAUUUUAGCCAUGAAUGUUGCUAAAUCAAUGGUUAGAGACUUGUUGCAACAACCAGAACAAAAAGGUUUGGUUCUCUCCAGUGUUGAAGAUUUGAAUGAUCCAGCUAAAUUGGUUAAAGCAUUUGAUCAUGCUCUUUCUGGUUUGGCCAGAGACAUUGGUGCUGUUGCUGAUGAAAAAGGUUUCGAUAUCACUGGUCCAAGUUUAGUUUUGGUUUCAAAAUUGAAUGCUCACAGAUUCUUGAUUGAUGGUUUCUUUAAACGUAUAACCCCCGAAUGGUCUGACAUCUUGAAACCAUUGGGAUACUUGUAUGCUGAUUGGAUCUUGACCAACUUUGGUGCCACUUUCUUAUCAUAUGGUAUUAUUUCUCCAGAAGUUUCCAGAAAGAUUUCUUCCGAACACUUCCCAAGUAUGUGUGCUAAAGUUAGACCAAAUGUUGUUGGUUUGACCGAUGGUUUCAACUUGACUGACAUGAUGGUCAAUGCUGCUAUUGGUAGAUAUGAUGGUAAUGUCUACGACAAUUACUUUGAAACUGUCAAGUCAUUGAACCCACCAGAAAAUACAAAGGCACCAUAUUCUAAAGCAUUGGAAGACAUGUUGAACCGUCCAGACCUUGAAGUUAGACAACGUGGUGAAAAAUCAGACGAAACUGCUGAAAUCUUGUCCAGUUAA